GGGCGGCGGGCUGCGUCGUUACUUUUGAACGGUGUGGCGGGGAAGCGCUGGAGGAGUUGCUUAGGCCGCAGUGUGCGUGGAGGAAGCGCGCGUAGGAAUCAGUGGGCCGGGCCAUGGCAAUGCAGCUAUCCCGGGAGCAAGGCAUCACCCUGCGGGGCAGUGCCGAGAUCGUGGCCGAGUUCUUCUCAUUUGGCAUCAACAGCAUUUUAUAUCAGCGUGGCAUAUAUCCGUCGGAAACCUUUACUCGUGUGCAGAAAUAUGGACUCACUUUGCUUGUAACUACCGACCCUGAGCUCAUAAAAUACCUCAAUAAUGUCGUGGAACAACUCAAAGAGUGGUUGUACAAGUGUUCAGUUCAAAAACUGGUGGUAGUCAUCUCAAAUAUUGAAAGUGGUGAAGUGCUUGAGAGAUGGCAGUUUGAUAUUGAGUGUGACAAGACUGCAAAAGAAGACAGUGCUCCCCGAGAAAAGUCACAGAAAGCUAUCCAGGAUGAAAUCCGUUCAGUGAUUCGCCAAAUCACAGCUACAGUGACAUUUUUGCCACUGUUAGAAGUUUCUUGUUCAUUUGAUCUACUGAUUUAUACAGACAAAGACUUGGUUGUACCUGAAAAGUGGGAAGAGUCAGGACCACAGUUUAUUACUAAUUCUGAAGAAGUCCGUCUUCGCUCCUUUACUACCACAAUCCACAAAGUGAACAGCAUGGUGGCCUACAAAAUUCCUGUCAAUGACUGAGGGUGAGGUGAGGAAAAGACCAUUCUCUUUCUCCAGUGUGGUUUUCUGAAACCAGAUCAGCUGUGGUUUAUAUGUUUUUCUUUAUUGAUUGUCAGGUGGGGAAAGCAUUAGACUAAUGCAUGUGCAUAAUUGUUCAUUUUUGAGGUUCCUGGUUGAAUAAUUAUAGAAUUGGUAUAAUAAGCCUACUGCACAUUUCUCAAGAGAAGCCAGCAGACUUUGUCAGCAUUGUAAUGUGAAUUCUUUGAUGUAAUUCUAGAUAGAAAAUCUUUUGUUGUAAAACUACAUACUAUUCUCAGUCAUUUUGGUCAAGGAACUUGACCAAGAAUAUAUAAAAAUAUUUGAAAAUAAAAUAUGCCAAAAGAGAUCUGAACAUUCUGAAUAUUUUAGUUUCUGAACAUAGGAAAAUACUAUCUUAUUGGGUCCUUUUGUCAUUGAUCUUAUUGUAUAGCUCCCAUGUUGAAAUAUAGUCCCUUUGAUUUUAAUUUAUAUGAUUUGAGCCCAUGAAGCAAUGGAUAUUUGUAAUUCUUUAAUUUUUAGUAUUUUAUAAAAAUCAAGCUAUAAAUUACAGUGAUAAAAUAAAGCUAAAUCUGUAUAUUUCAAGUUUGUCUGAAUAUAUUUUCAUAUCUGUGUAGUAGUAUUAAUGUAGUUAGAUAAUAUAAUAGGUUUAGUAUAGUAAAUGACUUCUUUUGGUUAUACUCUGCUGUCUUCAUCUCAUGACAGUAUAAAUGGCAUUUAUUUGUAAGCAUGUUGCCUCAUUGUACCUUUGUGUGCUUAGCCAUAUUGUCAGCAUCACUUUUGGAAAAAAAAAUAUUUUUAUUAGGAUUGGUUUUAUUAUGGUGUUUUUCAAACAGAGUUUGUUUUUUGUUUCUUUCCUUCUCAUCUUUCCUCCUUGUGUCCUCCCCAGCCCUCUUUACACUUGCAUGCUUCUUUGUUCAUUGUAACUGCCCACUCCCAUUGCUCAUCACCUCUUGUCAAAUCCUGUUCCCACUAGUGGAUAUGGAGCCUUGUUUUUCUAAUGAACUUUCAUACCAGGCAUAUUCCUUUGCUUUCACAAUGCCUUUUACCAGGUACAUUGGAAUUAUUAAUUGUUAUCUAGUUUUCUAAGAUUGGUUUAAAUGUCCAAAAUCCUGUUGUCUAUUCUGAAUUUACCUUAAUUGUAAUAAAUUUAUAAAAUUUGUAUUAUACUCUAAGGUAUCACGUGUAUUAACUCUUUUAACCUUCACUAUUAAGUAAUACACACAGUGUGUCCAUUCAUGUAAAAAUUAUAUAUUUAGCAUCCAUUAAUGUGUGUAACAUUGUGUAUAAACUGUAAGGAAGAAUAAAACAGCAUCCUGUCCUUUCUGAA